AUGCUACUCAAUUCAGUGCUCACCACUAUCGCUUUAGGUGCAUUGGCUAGUACUGCCAGUGCUGAAGAUUCAGACUACAAAGUUGUCGGGAGUUUGAUCUUUGGUCGUCAUAAUGACCGUCCUGCAAAACCUGCUUCAUACCUUACUCCAAUCGGUGCUGAGUCUCAAUACACAAUUGGUCAGUUUUACAGAGAACGUUAUUUUGGCUUAGACUCAUCAAAUGUCAAAUCAUCUUCUAAUGAGGGAAACACUACUACUAUCUCAGGAUUAGAGAAAGAUGGGUUAUACGUCAAUGGUCAAAUAUAUUGUGAGGCUGAAUCCUCAAAUGUUAUCCUUUUCAGUCAUUAUGCCUUUUUACAAGGUUUAUACCCACCACAAAACGUUGCAGGUACAUCUGUUGGAAAUUUAACUUUAGCUGAGAUCGCUAAUGGCUCUGUUGUGCAAAACCCAUUAAAUGGAUAUCAAUACGUUCAAUCAAACAUCCAAGAAAACGCAACAGAUGGUUAUAUUUGGACCAAAGGUGAUUCCAACUGUCCUGCUUCGGAUGCUGCUAUUGAUCAAGUUCAAAAUAGUGAUCUCUUCAAAACAUUGACCAACGAAUCUGCAGAAUUCUAUCAAAGUAUUGCUGAUAUCCCAUUCAUUAAAGAAAAAUUCAACAGUUCAAAAGUCAACUUUAAGAAUAGUAUGAACAUUUUCGAUCAAGUUUGGGUAAAUACAAUCCAUAAUGAAACUGUUGCACAACAAUUUAACGAGUCAUUGAUUGAUGCUAUUCAAUUUUGGUCUGAUAAAUACCAAUGGUUAAUCAGUGAUAAUCAAGUUAAUGCAAACUUGACAAUUGGUGCAAAGACAUUAAUGGCUAGAAUUGCUGAUAAACUAACAACUACAAAGAACAAUGGUAAGCCAUACUUGAACUAUUUAACUGGUUCUUUCAACACAAUGUAUCAAUUGGCCAGUGUUAUGAAUUUGGAUAUUGCAGAUUCCAAAUUCAGAACAAUGCCAAAUUAUGGUGCUACUUAUGUUUUUGAAUUGUUGAAUAAUACUCAAAAUGAAACUUUUGUUAAAUUUUCUUUUAAAAAUGGUACACAAGAAUUAAACACUUAUCCAAUUUUCAAUUCAACUUCUGAUUUAAUGUCAUGGGACGAUUUUGUUUCAAAUGUCGGUAAAAUCUCCAUUCCAAAAGUUUCAAGUUGGUGUAGUGCUUGUGGUUAUGAUGAUAUCAGCUCUGAUAAUGUCAUUGAUAUGUGUGUUCCAUCUUCAGAUACUUAUGAACAAGCACUCAAAUUAGAAAGUGAAGGUGUUGAUUUAGCUUCUUAUAAGAAGAAUAAAAUGAGUUUAGCAGAUGCUGGUGGUAUUGGUGCUGGUGUCACAAUUGGUGUUUUCGCAAUCCUUGGUGGAUUGAUCUUUUUAGGCUUGAAACUUCGUAAUAAGAAUGAAAAGAAGUCAGCCAUCCUACCAAGCAAUGUUAGUGAUCUUUCUUCAAAUACUGAUAUUGAAAGUCAUGUUGAAAAAGGUUCAUCACACGCUUAA